UUGGCUGUAGUGGCAGAAUUCCUGCUUUCCCUAACGCCUCAUAUACCCCUGCCUCGGAACUGGGAGGCUAAUCCAGUUGUUUCACUGCCACCUGCUCCAUACAGACACUACGUUAAUAAGAUAAGAGAAAAUGCGGCAGCUUGUCUUCAUCGCCCUGCUCGGUCUCGGGCUGGUUGUCGGUUACCCCUUCCCGGAGGCAGACGAUGUGAAACACUGGGUGCUGAUCGUGGCCGGUUCUAACGGCUGGUACAACUACAGGCAUCAGGCCGAUGCCUGCCAUGCCUACCAGAUAGUCCACGGGAAUGGCAUCCCAGAUGAGCAGAUCGUGGUUAUGAUGUAUGAUGACUUGGCUCAAAAUGAGCAAAACCCGACCCCCGGUGUGGUAAUCAACAGACCAAACGGCACAGACGUGUACAAGGGAGUUCCAAAGGACUACACGGGAGAAGAUGUGACACCUGAAAACUUCCUGGCUGUGCUGACGGGAGACUCGUCAAAAGUGAAAGGCGGAAGUGGAAAAGUGCUGAAGAGUGGUCCCAAUGAUCAUGUGUUUGUGUACUUCACUGACCAUGGGGCGCCUGGAAUUCUGGCCUUUCCUAGUGAUGAUCUCCAAGUUAAGGAUCUCCAAGAUGCCAUUACUUACAUGCACCAAAAUAAUAAGUACAAAAAGAUGGUGUUCUACAUUGAAGCAUGUGAGUCUGGGUCAAUGAUGAACCAUCUGCCUUCCGACAUUGAUGUGUAUGCCACCACUGCAGCUAACGCCCAUGAGUCCUCAUACGCCUGCUACUAUGAUGAGAAGAGGGACACCUACCUGGGAGAUUGGUACAGUGUGAACUGGAUGGAGGACUCUGAUAAGGAGGACCUGACUAAAGAAACUCUACUGAAACAGUUUAAGAUUGUGAAGACCGAAACAAACACGAGCCACGUCCAGCAGUUUGGCAACAAGACUUUGGCCCACAUGAAAGUGAUUGAGUUCCAGGGUAAUCCCAAAGUGUACCGCCCACCUGCUCGUCAGGUGACAUCACCUCCAAAAACCAAUGUGGAUCUCACCCCAAGCCCUGAUGUUCCCCUGGCCAUCCUGAAGAGGAAGUUAAUGUCCUCCAAUGAUAUCAGAGUUGCCAGGACCCUGCUGGGGCAGAUAAACAACCACCUGAAGAUCAGAGAGAUGCUGGCCAAGACUAUGAGCCAUGUGGUCGAGCUUGUGACGGGCAGCAAGAUCACGGCUCAGGAGGUUCUGAAUGAAAGAGCUGAGCUUUUCCAGCAUGAGUGCUACAAGAUGGCAGUUAACCACUAUAAGCACAACUGCUUCAACUGGCACAAACCUGAGUUUGAAUUUGCCCUGAGACACCUGUACGCUCUGGUGAACCUGUGUGAGCGGGGAUAUCCAGCUGGCAGCCUCCAGCUGGCCAUGGAUGUUGCGUGUUCUUUGAAAAACUAAAAGAAAUUCUACAAAACCAUUCAGGCCUCAAACCAACAGCGUCUUCAUGGCGGGACGGGCCGAAGAAGCUGAGCUUCUCUUUGCACUGCCUAAGAAUCAUUGUUUCAUGAACACACUAUCAGGUUUUAAUCUGUUCUUUGAUUUUAUUGGGAUUGUUUUACGUUCACUUGAUGAGUUGCACUAUCACUGUGAAAGUUUUAUUUGACGACGUUUUACAGCUUCAGCUCUUAUUUUUUAAGGGUAAACAAUUAUAUGAUGGAUUCCUUUAAGCUUUAUCUGUGAGGUUGAAUGUCUGGCAUGAAUGCUUGAUUUACAUGUAAAGGAUGUGUCACAAACAAUGAAUGUGUGUUAAGCCUUAAGAGGCUGUUGUAAUACAGGAAAAAUGAAAUAAAGUUUGACAAACCAAAA